AAAUAAGAAAAAAAUUACUCCUUUCCUUAGCAGUAAUACAAUUGACUCUACUCUUUUGAGCCUAAUCAUCAGCUAAAAUUCAAUAUACAGCAAAGUAAAAAAUUACACAGAAAACAAUAGAUAACAGUGUGAUAUCUUUCUCGGAUUUGUAGCAUAAAAUCUCCAAAAGUGAAAGUAGCUGAAAAAGAAAAAGCCCAAAAGAACUGAGCACUAGAGUCCCAAUCCAACCCUCACUUCAAGGACAAUACUAAAUUACUCCUAGAUACGCAUAUCUCUAUCUACACGUCUCAGUGUAUCAAACACCAUUCAGCUGGAGCCAUGACCUCUCAUAGAGUAGUCUUCGCAUUACUUGCCCUUUUUGUUUUGGUCCUCCUCACAUCCGAUCCUUCUUCAAGUGAUGAUUCGCAUAAGGUUAACCUGUCACUCUACUAUGAAGCUCUGUGUCCAUAUUGUGCCAACUUCAUUGUCAAUAGCUUGGGGAAAACCUUUGACAAUGGACUCAUCUCCAUCAUCAAUCUCAGACUGGUCCCUUGGGGAAAUGCUUAUCUCAAAGAUAACAAAACCUGGGUUUGCCAGCACGGCCCAGAUGAGUGUCUGCUAAACACGGUGGAAGCUUGCGCAAUUAGAGUAUGGCCUGACCUGGGAGCUCAUUUCAGCUUCAGAUUCAUAAAAUGCGUCGAACGACUUCAUCUGGAGAACAAGCACAGUGAUUGGAAAUCUUGUUUUGGAAGAGAGGGGUUGAAUUCAAAACAGCUUAUCGACUGCUACAACACUGGACUUGGGUUUGAACUUGAAAGAAGCUAUGCUUAUGAAACUGCUAGUCUUAAUCCUCCUCGUAGAUUUGUCCCAUGGGUGAUUGUGGAUAAUCUGCCACUAGAAGAAGACUACCAAAAUUUUGUAGCCUAUGUCUGCAGAGCUUACAAGGGGCCUAGCACGCCUAAGGCUUGCGGAUCACCUCCAGUUGAGGUCAACUCCUCCCCCAAAGCAAAUUCUAUUGGUCAAGUUUGCUAUGCAAAUGUGGCCAAAAACCAGACAUCAAUGGCAGCAGCUCAGGGAAAACCAUAAUCACCAAAGCUUCGUCGACGAAACGGAUGAAGCCAGAAUCUUCAGCGUAUUUCAGGACCAGUUAUUUGGUCCAUCAUGCUAACUAUCAACAUGCUGAUAUAAUUUGGUCAAAAUGGCACACUGGUAAUGCUUUGAUGCUAUCUAUGUCCUAGGAAAUUAUGUAGUCACAUUGAGCGCUUUCCCAUUUGAGAGCACCUUCAUAUAAUAAAUAUAAGCAAUAUUUAUUA